UUUUUUACUCUCUUAACAUUCACUUUUUUUUUUUUUUUUUGCAAUGUUGGACUUCCAUGCUGUACAUAAUUCCUUAUGCUGAAUCGAAUUCAAAUAACUUUUCUGAAUCUUUAGCACUCUGCCUAACGAAGAAAUAAAAUUAUAUUGGUCAAUGGGCGUGGCAUCAAAAAACAAAAAAUAUUUUCUUUUGUUCAUUCAAGAGAAAAGAAUUUGUUAUCCUGCCAUCUUUUAUAAGUUUUGAAUCUAAACUUAAAAACUGGAUCUGAUCAGCUUCAACUCGUAGUUUUGCAAGCAAUGCAGCUUGAUGAAACUAAUGACCUAUUUGUAAUUUGUACAAAAUUUAGUCUAGAUAAGGUACUGGAGUAUGAGAUACGAUUUAUGAUCCAAUUAUAUCUGCUGUGAUUAAUGGUCAAUCUUUAAAAAGAGCUUUGCUGCAAUUAAUCAUUCAGUUUCAGAAAUUCACGUGUGGAAUUCUGUUUGUGACUUUGUCUGGUUUGUUUGAUUCUUGAAUGGGUAGUGUCAUUGUGAAUUGUUGGUUAAACGAGCUCCUUUGCAAUCAUGAGUUUUGUCUUCCGAGGGAGUAGGGGAGAUAUUGAAAGUGGCUUUCCAGAAUAUGUUCCUGAAAGAACCUUGAUGCGGGUUCAUCCAGCUCGACCAGUUAAUGGCAAUUCUCUAGCUUUUCUUAUCACGGUUAUUUUGAUAUUCAUGAUAUUAAACUCCCCUCAAAUGUUACAUCAUUUUUUGCUCUGGGCUGUACUGGCUAUCUUUGUGAUGGCUACGAGUCUGAGGAUGUAUGCAACUUGUCAACAGCUUCAAGCACAGGCCAGGGCUCAUGCUGCAGCAGCCUCUGGGUUGCUUGGCCAUACUGAACUCCGUCUUCACAUGCCACCAUCGAUUGCAAUUGCAACCAGAGGAAGAUUGCAAGGACUUAGACUUCAACUUGCACUUCUUGACCGUGAAUUUGAUGAGCUAGAUUAUGACACUUUGAGAGCUCUGGACUCUGAGACUGCUUCUAGCACUCGUUCAAUGACUGAGGAAGAGAUAAAUGCUUUGCCUAUUCACUCAUAUAAAGUUCCUGUCCCACCCAAAGAUGGCUCAGCUGGUUUGGCAUCCUCUUCAGGUGCAGCUGAGAUAAAGCAAGAAUCUGGAGGCACAGAGACAGGUAUCAAAGUUCCCGAAGAUGAGCUGACGUGUACUAUUUGCUUGGACCAAGUGAAGAGGGGGGAGCUUAUUCGUAGCUUGCCAUGCUUGCAUCAGUUUCAUGCCAACUGCAUUGAUCCAUGGCUCCGACAACAAGGAACAUGUCCUGUGUGCAAAUUAAGGAUAGGGUCGGGUAGUGGGGGUAACAGGGAGAGCGAUUCUGAUGGUUCAGAUAUUGCGUAGUCUGAUGGUUCAGACAUGGCUGUAAAAUGCAUGAUGAUGUUAUGUAUAAGUAUGUAUAUACUAUUCAGUAUUGGCGUAUAUAAUAUGAGCUUGGCAUGACAUAAGAUGAUAGUUCAUGUUUAGUCCCUUCACUUAAAAAUGUAUAGCUAAUCUCCGUAUCCCGAGAAUUCUUAGAUGUUCCAAAACAUGUGUACUACUUUAUAUAUAAAUAGCAUUAAAGAUGUUGUUAAGU